UCGUUGUGAGCGGUAAUUCAUUCGGUCCUUCCUUCGAUCGGAGUGCGACUCAGCAGCAGCGAGUAAACGUCGGCGAAACAUGGCAGGUUACCUGAAGGUCCUCAGCUCCCUCACUCGGUCCGCAGCUGCUUUGUCCAAAACCCCUGCAGUCCUCGCUCCAGCAACUUGCCAGAGUUUACAACAGAGGAACUAUGCCGACAAACGCAUCAAGGUGGCUCAGCCAGUGGUGGAGAUGGACGGAGAUGAGAUGACCAGGAUCAUCUGGGAGUUCAUCAAAGAGAAGCUCAUCCUGUCCAAUGUUGAUGUGGAACUGAAGUACUUUGACCUGGGUCUACCCUACCGUGACCAGACUGAUGACCAGGUCACCAUCGACUCUGCCUUGGCCACCAAGAAGUACAGUGUUGCUGUGAAAUGCGCCACCAUCACACCUGAUGAGGCUAGGGUCGAAGAAUUCAAGCUGAAGAAAAUGUGGAAAAGCCCCAAUGGUACAAUCAGAAACAUCUUGGGUGGCACUGUCUUCCGUGAGCCAAUCAUCUGUAAGAACAUUCCCAGACUUGUUCCUGGUUGGACACAACCCAUCACAAUCGGCAGACAUGCUUUUGGUGACCAGUACAGGGCAACAGACUUUGUCGUGAACAAACCAGGCAAAUUUAAGAUCAGCUUUGUACCAGCUGACGGGAGCAAAGGCCAGGACUGGGAAGUGUAUGAUUUCCCUGGUGGUGGGUGUGGAAUGGGCAUGUACAACACUGAUGAGUCCAUCACUGGCUUUGCUCACAGCUGCUUCCAGUAUGCCAUUCAGAAGAAAUGGCCUCUAUACAUGAGCACCAAGAACACCAUCUUGAAGGCUUACGAUGGGCGCUUCAAGGACAUCUUCCAGGACAUCUUUGAGAAGAACUACAAGCCUGAGUUUGACAAGCUGAAGAUCUGGUAUGAGCACCGACUCAUUGAUGACAUGGUGGCUCAGGUGUUGAAAUCCUCAGGUGCUUUUGUUUGGGCUUGCAAGAACUAUGAUGGAGAUGUACAGUCAGAUAUCUUGGCUCAAGGUUUUGGCUCCCUGGGUCUGAUGACUUCUGUGCUCGUGUGUCCCGAUGGGAAGACCAUUGAGGCAGAGGCAGCGCAUGGCACAGUCACCCGACACUACCGUGAGCAUCAGAAGGGAAGACCAACCAGCACUAAUCCCAUUGCCAGCAUAUUUGCUUGGACCAGGGGGCUGGAGCACCGAGGCAAGCUUGAUGGAAACCAAGACCUGAUUAAGUUCUCUCAGACUCUGGAGCGUGUGUGUGUGGACACUGUGGAGAGUGGGGUCAUGACCAAGGAUUUAGCUGGCUGCAUUCAUGGACUCUCCAACGUCAAGCUCAAUGAGCACUACGUCAACACCACAGAUUUCUUGGACGCAAUCAAGACCAACCUUGACAAGGCCCUGGGUAAAUGAAGGAACACAGGAGGCUGGUGAAAAGCAUCUUGUCUUUUUGUACCUCAUUUUUAACUUAAAUGUCAUGAUAACCACAAGCAUUAAGCCUGAAGGGAUAAAUGAAAAAAUAAAUUUUUAAAAGAACUAGAAGUUAUGUUUGUAGCAGUGCUGUUAGCUAAUCUGUUGGUCCACUCCAUAACCCAUCUCUCCUCACAACUCCAAGGUUUUAUUUUUGUAAGAUGAAGUACUGUAUGUCAAAUGCUGUAUUAUACCAUGGACAAAGUGAUAAAAGGCCAUUUCAGGAACCCUCUAAUAAAUCUGUUUGAACCUCUA